AUGGAAUUGGAUAUCUCUGAGAAUAGGUUGUCUGGUGAAAUUCCUAGCAGUCUUGGUAGUUGCACUAGUCUUGAAAACCUUUAUAUGCAGGAAAAUUCUUUUCAAGGAUCUAUUCCUCUAUCAUUGGAAUCUUUGAGAGGUAUUAAAAACUUUGAACUUUCUCAUAACAACUUGUCUGGAAAAAUUCUGACAUUCUUAGAGAAAUUUUCCCUAAUGAUUCUCAAUUUAUCCUUUAAUGAUUUUGAGGGUGAGUUGCCAAUGGAGGGAGUUUUCGCAAAUGCAAGUGCAAUAUCAAUUGUUGGAAAUCAUAGGCUUUGUGGGGGUAUUUCUGAGCUACAACUACCGAGUUGCAUCACCAAGAAAUCAAGACAUAAGAUGCCUCUUUCACAUAUAUUGGCAAUUACAGCAGCUUCUGUACUUGUUGGAGCAGCACUUUUGUCAUUCUUUACAAUUUAUUUGUUCAAGAAGCAAAGAACAGCUCAAUCUACAGUUCCAGUGUUAAAAGAAUCAUUCUUGAAAGUCUCCUAUGAGAAACUCCUCAAAGCAACAGAUGGUUUCUCUUCUGCGAACCUAAUUGGUUUUGGUAGUUUUGGCUCAGUAUAUAGAGGAAUUCUCGUUCAAGAUCGGGAGUUUGUUGCUGCUAUCAAAGUACUUAACCUUCAAAAUCGUGGAGCCAUCAAGAGUUUCAUGGCAGAGUGUGAAACCUUGAGAAAUAUUCGACACCGAAACUUGGUUAGGAUCAUAACUUCUUGUUCCAGUGUUGAUUUUCAUGGGAAUGAGUUCAAAGCUCUCGUUUAUGAGUUCAUGCCAAAUGGGAGUCUAGAGAGGUGGUUGAAUGCAAGCCUAGAAACAAAUGACGGGCAAAAUGAGCAGCAGAGACUCAACCUUCUACAAAGAAUAAACAUCGCCAUAGAUGUGGCUUGUGCGCUCGAUUAUCUUCAUCACCAAUGCCAAAAGCCCAUCAUUCACUGUGAUUUGAAGCCGAGUAAUAUCCUUCUUGACCGUGAGAUGGUUGCCCAUAUUGGAGAUUUCGGUCUAGCUAGAUUUUUCCCAGAGCUCACCAAUCCAAAUCAAAGUAGCUCAAUUGGAGUAAGGGGAACCAUCGGAUAUGUAGCUCCCGGUAACAACUCUUUACCCUUCUUCUAA